AUGUAUGGAGAUUUGGGCAACAAGCUGGUCCAACAUGCCAAAAGAACCCAAAAUUUGACCCAUCUGCCUCCUUACCAGACCGAAAUUGUUCGAGCGGUGACGCGAGAAGUGAGAGACCUGGACAAAGAUGUUGCAGAACUUCUUGAGCCGUUUCAAGGCUCAUUUGAUCCAAGCGCCGACCAAGAUAUUGCUUGCACUCUGCUAGUAAACCACCUUUCGAUGCGAAGGAACAAGCGUUGCUUGCUCGCUUACCACCGGACACGGACAGAUAAGCUUGAAGAAUUGGUAUGGAAUGGAUCAGACGUGGUAGAUCUGUCUGGGCAACAAGUACGGGAUCCUGCGAGUGCUUCCGGCGCGGGUGGCAGUGAUGCAUCAAAGAGUAGUCUCAGCCCUCAAGAGGAGGAAUAUGUUAGACAGUACAGCGACCUGUUGGCAGCCUACAAGGGGCAAUGGACAGACAUCGACCUUACGGGGAGCCUAGAGCCACCACGAGACCUGUUCAUCGACGUGCGAGUACUCAAGGAUGCAGGUGAAAUCCAAACAGAGUACGGGGCUAUAACAUUGACCAAGAACAGUCAGUUUUAUGUACGCCAAGGGGACGUUGAGAGACUCAUUGCACAGGGCUAUUUGCAUAAGCUUGGAUAA